UUACAAUCUCUGCUGGGCUCCCUCAAAUCUCUCGCUCACUCUCUUCACUUCAGCUCGGUGAUUUUGAUUUCGUAGAGCAACUUCCUUUUCAUAAAUCAAUACCUUGUCCCCUUCUCAUAAAUCAAUACGUAGCUCGGUGAUUUCAAUUUCGAAGUUCUCUCUCUCAAUUUCGAAGCUCCACCGUCACCGCUAUUUGCAUCGUCUACUAAGAUUGGUAAGACAAAGGCGUUUCUAAGGGCUGGUCAAAUGGCAGAACUGGAUGCCCGCAGAAUUGAGGUCUUAGGAAGAUCAGCACGCAUUAUUCAGAGGAAAAUCCAUUCUUACAUGGCUCGCAAAACUUUUGUCUUAGUUCGUCGUUCUGCAAUAUAGAUUCAAUCUGUGUAUAGAGGCUGGCAUGCGUGGAAUGGUUGCACGUGAUGAGCUUCGCUUCAGAAGGCAGACAAAAGCAGUAAUUAUUGUUCAGCCAUUGUCGCAAAUACUUAGCAUGCUUGCACUAUACGAAGUUAAAGAAAGCUACAAUCACCACACAAUGUGCAUGGAGGGGAAAAGUUGCUCGUAGAGAAUUGAAGAAGCUUAAGAUGGCUGCAAGGGAAACUGGCGCUCUUCAAGCUGCCAAAAAUAAACUGGAGAAGCAAGUUGAAGAACUAACAUGGCGAUUACAGUUGGAGAAGCGCAUGAGGAGGUCAUGACGGCAAGUGCUAUCCGCUUCCAACCUAGUGGUGCAGGUUUGGAUCAUGAGAAUCACUCUCUCGAACCUUUCCCAUGAGUCUUGUGCACAGUGGUGGAUAAACUUGCUGCUGAAAAUGAGAAACUCAAGGCCUUGGUUAGUUCUUUAGAAAAGAAAAUUGAUGGAACAGAGAAAAAAUUUGAAGAGACAAACAAAGUUAGUGAUGAGAGGUUGAAGCAGGCUUUGGAGGCAAAAUCAAAGAUAAUUCAGCUGAAGACUUCUAUGCAAAGGCUUGAAGAAAAAAUUUCUGACAUGGAAUCUGAGAACCAAAUUCUUCGACAGCAAUCCUUAUUUAAUGCUCCUGUUAAAUUUGUGUCGGAACAUCCAUCAACUUCAGUAACUAAGAACUUGGAGAAUGGUAACCAUGUGAAUGAAGAGAAUAAGUCAAAUGAACUGCAAACUGUCACACCUACUAAGAAGUUUGGGACAGAAUCUGAUAGCAAGUUUAGAAGAUCUCUGAUUGAACGUCAACAUGAGAAUGUCGAUGCUCUUAUCAAUUGUAUUAUGAAGGAGGUUGGUUUUAGCCAAGGCAGUCCUGUUGCAGCAUGUAUUUGUCUGGAUGUGAUAACUGCAGUAGAGGUUAAAUAUCCGACAUCUCAUCAACAUGCCACUUGGUCCUUGGAUGACUUGCCAAGAACAGUAGCUUGUACCAUGCAUCAAGGAUCUGCUGUCACCAGCAUGGAUUUUCAUCUUUCUCAUCACACAUUGCUUCUUGCUAUGAUGGUCUUUGAUUAAUGAUUUGAACAUACCACCUAUGAUUUCAAUGGUUGAGCUCCUGCUAAAUAAAUAUACGAAUUCUUCCUUUUCUUUCCUUUAUUUGACGUAGAUUCUCUUUUAUACAAUUGGUUCUGCUACUGGUGAAAUAAUGCUUUGGGAAGUGGGGAUGCGAUAUAAAUUGGUUUCAAAGCCAUUCAAGAUAUGGGACAUGGCAAAUUGUUAUAUGCUGCUUCAAGUUCCUUUUCUUCCUUUUUUUUCCUUGUUGCUUGUUAUCUUAGCAUUCUAUGAUGUCAUAUAUAUACCUAUGAUAUGAGAUAUCUAUGUAGGUUGUAAACAGCAUGUAUAAAUUAAUUGUGACCAGAUGAUUUCUUGCUUGAUUUGGGGACAUUUAUAAUACUAAUCUUC